CAGACAUCCCCCUAUUUUCCUUGGAACAAACUCACCAGUUGCUAAAAGCAACCCUCCCUUGGUUCUGUUUGCUUUCUAGUUCCGCGCCUAGCGACUCCUGUUCCUCGAGCAAUCGCCCCGCCACACCACGCAUAGCUUCUAAAAGUUUCCGCGAUCGCUAAUGGCGUCACUUCAACUAACUCUUUCAUCGCGAAUGGCUUUUUAGUCAACUAAAGUAACUUAUGAGAUCGCCUAUGGCAUCGGUUUAACUAACUAGUCGAGCGCGAAUGGCGGCCAAAUGUGCCACACGAUCGGGCUUCUCGACGUCUAUGUCGAGUUCCUCCCCGUCAAUAUUAAACGCUAAUAGUGUAGCUGAUAGACGACGGUCAGCUAGGCUUCAGUCGUUUACAAGAAAGACGACGAGGAGGGUUGUAACGGGGACAGACGCGUCACUUGUUGGUGUUCUUCAGCCUAGAUUAUCUGUAGUUGUAGUAGUUGCGUUACUGGCGUUAACCGGUCGGCUUACAGCGGGGAUCAAUUCAACCAGAGCGAGAAGACCUGCAGCGGCGUCUCCGAAUGUGACUGUAACGGUGCUUUCCAACAACCGAUACAAUGCCAAGUGCCUCGACGGAAGCCCCCCCGGGUACUACUUCCGCCCGGGCUUCGGCCACGGCCUGUCGUCGUGGCACAUCCACCUGCCGCCCGGCGGCUGGUGCUCCACCCUCGCGUCGUGUGCUGACCGCAGUGCCACGUUCCUGGGGUCGUCCAGGGCUGAUCUGCAGAAAGAGAACCCGUACCGCAACGCGUCAUACGGCUACAUGGGGAUCUUGAGCGCGGGGCCUUUCAUCAACCGGGCCUUCCGCAACUGGAACCUCGUUAUCCCCAUGUACUGCGACGGGGGCGGCUUCUGGGGCACGGCAGGGCGGACGAGAGUGAACGACAGCUAUGCCAUCUACCUGGACGGGUGGAACACCCUCAAAGCCGUGCUGCAAGACGUGAUGGACACCCGGGGGAUGGCUGCUGCUUCAAGGGUGCUGCUGUCAGGGCAAUCCGCAGGAGCCCAGACAGUUUUGACCCUGUGCGAGCGCAUGACGGACUAUGCACCGAAUGCAAAGCCGAUCAAGUGCCUCAUGGACUCUGGGGCAUUUGCAGAUUCCAAUGAUCGCUUGGGGCAGCCGUUUUUCCAAAACAUGGCGCGUGACCUUGUCUCCCUGCAUAAGUUCGUUGGCGAAAGCAAGUGCUCCCAGGGCUACCCUCCUGACCAGCAGUGGCGGUGCUUCUUCCCACAAUACGCCCUCCCCUUCCUCCCUCGCUCCCUCCCACUCUUUAUAGUCAACUCCCUUUUUGACUACCGUGCCCAAAUGCUCGGCAACCAACUCUCCCCCACCAACCGAACCUACUCGGUUCGGUGCAUUGCCGAACUGCUCCGGAUCCUCCCGAACAUCACCGUCCAAUCAUUGGUCGCCAGCUCACCACGGCAGCUAGUGCUGUAUUUAACGGGGAAACAAGUGGGCAAGGAGUGUUCCAACUCGGAGAAACUAGCAGUGCUACAGGCAGGGCAGAAGGUUGGAAAGUUUGUGCAGCAAGUGCGGAAUAGGGGGAAGAGUAGUGGUGCGUUUUUGCCAGUGGGGAUGGCCCAUUGUGUGACUGCGGUUCCCUAUUGGAAUCAGCUUAAAGUGGACAGGGUUACUAUGGCUGAUGCAGUUGUGGCGUGGUACAUACAAAAGUUGUAAGGCAAUCGCAUUUGAAUGUAGUGUUAUCGCUAAUUAUCCAAAUUUAUGCUAGGUAUGUAAAAAUACGCCCU